AGGUUUGAAGUUUGAAUGGUCUUUUGUUCUUCAGUCUGCUGCAAAUACCCAACGACUAAUUCGCUCCUCCCAGUAAGUCUAUCCUUAAUAAUCUCAAAAACCCAUAUAAUAAAUUGCAAAAUCUUCUAAUUUUCUAUUCACUUUUUCAUCUUUUUUUAGCCGUUUAUGUGGAAUCUAUAUACCUCACGAUAGCUCUGUUUCUAUUAAUUUUUAUUUUUACCCAGUCUUAAUUUGUGUUUGAUUUUGUCACUUAUUCUUUAUCUUUCUCGAUACAUAGAAAAGGAGAAUUAGAAAGAUAGAGGGUCAAGGGUUUUAGGUGAGAAAAUGCACAGUUUAGUUUUGAAUGUUUGCUAUAUAUCCUGAAUGCUCCACAUUGAUUUCCCUAUGGCCUUCCUGGAACUUUCCUCAAAUGGUUUCUGUUGAAUUUGGGGAAUCUUGGUUGAAACUUGAUAAUCUCUGAGACUCAAUUUUGACGUUCCCUAUGGCCUUUCCUGGAACAACCCUCUGAUGGGUUUGAUUGAAUUUGUGGAAUUAUAGUACAACUUAGUGAGAUGUUGGGGGAAGAAGAUAAUAAGGAUAGGCCAUGCGGUGGCAACAACCGGAGAACGUAUUCACGCUCAGUUUCAUGGACUGAUCGGUCGCCGACAAAGUAUAAUUCUAGACCACAAUGGAAUAAUAAGGCAAGGGCUUGUUUGCCUCCGCUUCAGCCUCUUUCAAUCACCAGAGUGAACAUUGAGGAAUGGCCAAAGGCUGGGUCUGAUGAUCUUGGCGUAUGGCGUGCUAAUCCCCCUACCCCUGGUGUUAGGCUUGGACAGAUUAAGACCUGUGAGAAUUCAAAUUAUGAGCAACUCCCUAGGGAAUUUGAAUCUGAGAAAGACAAGCUUGCAUAUUUUGAUAAGGAAUGCUCGAGAAUUGUUGAUCAUGUAUAUUUAGGAAGUGAUGCAGUUGCAAAGAAUCACAAAGUUCUUCGCCAGAAUGGUAUUACCCAUGUGCUGAAUUGUGUUGGGUUUGUCUGUCCUGAGUAUUUCAAGAAUGAUCUGGUGUACAAGACACUUUGGUUGCAGGACAGCCCGUCUGAGGAUAUCACAAGUAUUCUCUAUGACGUGUUUGAUUAUUUUGAAGAUGUCCGAGAACAAGGUGGGCGGGUUUUUGUCCAUUGUUGCCAAGGUGUGUCGCGAUCAACCUCUUUGGUCAUUGCAUACCUCAUGUGGAAGGAACGGCAAAGCUUUGAAGAUGCAUUCCAACAUGUAAAGACCGCAAGAGGGGUGACUAACCCUAAUAUGGGUUUUGCUUGCCAACUUUUGCAAUGCCAGAAACGGGUACACGCCAUGCCUGCAAGCCCAAAUUCUGUGCUAAGGAUGUAUCGGAUAGCACCCCACUCUCCUUAUGAUCCCCUUCAUCUUGUUCCAAAAUUGAUAGGCCAGCCUGGUGUUCAAGGCCUUGAUUCCCGAGGAGCAUUUGUCGUUCAUGUACCUUCAGCUAUAUAUGUCUGGAUUGGGAAGAAUUGUGUCUCAGUGAUGUCAGAUAUUGCGAGCACAGCUGCCUACCAGGUUAUCCGAUUUGAAAGAGCACAGGGUCCUGCCAUGAUCAUCAAAGAAGGUGAGGAGCCAUCUGAAUUUUGGGAUGCUCUUGGCAAUAGACAUCUCUUAAGAGAUGGUUGCAAUGAAGCAGAGGCUAGAAAGGCAGGUACUCCUUUCGUUAGAAAUGACGAGGUUGCUGCUGCUAUUCAGACAGGCGUUGGUCACUGGAAUGUUGAUGACUAUGAUUUAGAUUUUGAAAUUUUUCACAAAGCACUUGCUGGUGGAGUUGUUCCACCUUGCUCCUUAUCGGGAACUGAUUCUGAAACUUGUCUUCCUGCUAGAGAAAAUGGGUGGGGCAGAUUGGGACAGAAGUUUAUGAAAGAAUUUAUCAUGUCAUCCAAAUUAAGCUGUGAUACUACUCAGUCAAAUCAUGGGCUGGAUGAGAAUAUGGAGACUUGUAAAGAAAUUGAAUACCCUGUUUCUCCUACUGAUCAUUCAUUGCCUUCAAGCCCACAGAGUAGUUCUUCAGAUUUCUUCUCUUCUUUCACUACCACCAGUUCAAUUUGGAUGGAGGGUAUUCAUAAAGAGAUGGAAUACUCUGGUCCUCUUACUGAACCUUUAUUGUCACCAAUGUCUCCAUCCAGUUUGCGAGAUUCAUUUCCUUGUUUUCUUGUUACCGACACAAAGUUCAGUUCCACAUCCCCUUCACUUUCACCUUCAACCUCUGAUUUCUAUGGUUCGUUUACCUUCUCACCAUCAUCUUCUAACUGGUCUGACUUGUCAUAUUUAUCUGCUCAGCCUUCACCUUCAGGACUGGAAUCUAAAGAUCUACAUCCUUUUAACAAUACUUCUUUAGAGGAAAGUGCCUGUUUCAAUUGUAAGAGAGCUUCUCUUUCACCAGAAGAAGCAUUUUCUGCUAAUCAUGGUUCGGGAGUGGCAACCACUUGUCUGCAAUGUAAAGGGAUUUCCCCCUCCAUUGCAAAGCAUAGAGGGACUUAGCCUCCCCCAUCGGUGAUGUUACCUGCUGUCGAUAAGGCCAGUCAUGUUUCAACAAACCUGAUAAGAUCAUGGUCAUUUUCCCUGCCUGAAUUGGAGGACGAAAUCAAGAGGGAUAUUGAAUGCAAACAGCUUAAUGAUUUAGGUUCAUGUGAAAUGGAUGAAGAGCAGAUGCCAGACACUUGAAUUCUCCCUGUUGCGAUGAAUUAUAAUAAUACUUCUCAUCAUUCAUCAAGUGAUGUGGGCAGCGGGUUGCCAAAGUAGCUAACGUAGUCAUAUGCCAUUGGCCUGCUAUUCAUAAAGUGGAGAGGCAUUGCUUU